AUGAACCUGGUUCCCUUGUGGAUGCUCGAGGGCCAAGCUUCGCCAUGCAAGCACCCUGCCAAGCUCGGCGCUGCACACGGGACGUGGGCCAGCACUCGAUGCAAACCGUCUCGCUGGAAUCGUCGCCUCUUGGCCCUCAGCAGACGAGACCAGGAUGCCUCCCCACACGUUCUCCGAGCCUUACAGGGCAUGCAGGGCCGUGAUCUGCGCCAGGGGGGGCGGGCACUCCAGCGGCUGCAAUGCUGUCGAGAAGGCAGGGAGCUGCCAUGUGCGCCCCCGAAUCCACUUCCCGCCUGGACUCUUCGUCUUCUGUCCCUUCUUAUUGGCAAGGCGUACAUCACUAAGGUGUGCUACUACGGUCUCUGCUCCGUAAGAACGUCCAAGUACCAUUGCAAACCCUUGUCAGAGAACGGUGACAGCUCGCUCUCUAAUAUCGACAGUCAAAUCAUACUAGAGCAUACAAACGGCUUACAUGCCGUCAGUAUUGAUAAACACUACAUUUUCAAGGCAUUGUGA